AUCAAUUAAAAGAAGAUACAUUGGCUGAUUUAGAAAAAUUUGCUAAUGAAGGCCUUCGAACACUUUGUGUAGCUUAUCGUGUAAUACCCGAAGAAGAAUACAAUGUUUGGGCUCAGAGUUACGCAGAAGCCUCUUCAAGCAUUAAUGACCGUGAAGAAAAGGUCGAAAAAGCUUGUGAGUUAAUAGAACAUUCACUGACCUUAAUGGGUGGAACAGCUAUUGAAGAUCGUCUUCAAGAAGGUGUACCAGAAUGUAUAGCCACUUUAUCAACUGCUGGUAUCAAGAUUUGGGUACUUACAGGAGACAAAACUGAAACCGCCAUUAAUAUUGGUUUCUCAUGUAAUCUAUUACAAAAAGAUAUGCUUUUGAUCAUUAUUAAUGCAUCAGAUAAACAAAGUACUCUUUAUCAAUUAAAGGAGGCUAUGGAUAAAUUCUUCGGACCUAACGUUGAAGCUUGCAAUAAAAGUAGCAAGCAUGCUCUAGUAAUUGAUGGUGAAACUCUUAAAUAUGCUUUGGACCAAUCAUUAAAACAUUUGCUAUUGGAUAUUGGGAAGAGAUGUAAUAGUGUUAUAUGUUGUCGUGUUAGUCCGUUGCAAAAAGCCAAAGUUGUGGCUUUAGUAAAGGAAGGAUUGAGCGUGAUGACUUUAUCUAUCGGUGAUGGUGCGAACGAUGUGAGUAUGAUCCAGGAAGCAAAUGUCGGUAUUGGAAUUGCGGGUGAAGAAGGUCGACAAGCUGUAAUGGCAGCAGAUUAUGCUUUUGCCCAAUUUCGGUUUUUGGAUAAACUUUUACUUGUUCAUGGUCGUUGGUCUUAUAUUCGAAUCGCAGAAAUGAUAUCGUGCUUUUUCUAUAAAAAUAUCGUUUGGACAAUCGCAAUGUUUUGGUAUCAAAUUUGGGCAGGAUUUACUGCCCAAUAUUUAUAUGAUUAUACAUAUAUUUUGCUCUAUAACUUGGCUUUCACAGCCGUUCCCGUUAUGUAUCUUGGUGCUUUUGAUCAAGACGUUGAUGCCAAAACUUCGUUGGAUAAUCCGCAAUUAUAUAAGCGAGGUAUACUACAACGUGACUUUACAAAGUCAAAGUUUUGGCUUUAUGUCUUAGAUUCCUUUUAUCAGUCAGCGAUUUGUUUUUUUAUUCCUUUUGGAGUAUUUCAAAAUGGAUCAUCUCAUGCUAAUGGAUUGCAAAAUAAUGGUUUAAGUGAUCUCGGAACAAUGGUAGCUGGAGCUGUCGUAGUCACCACGAAUUUAUAUGUUGGUUUGAAUACUAUGAAUUGGUCAUGGUUAUGUUUUGUAGUGAUUGGCCUUAGUAUUCUUUCAUUUUAUGCAUGGGUGGAAUUUUAUUCUCUUUGGUAUAUUGGAUUCUUUAGAAUGGACCUCAUAUUAUAUACCGAAAUUGAUUUCUGGUUAACUGUUUUGUUAUGUGCCGUAUUUAGUCUUUUACCUCGAUAUGCAGUCAAAUACAUUCAUAAAACGUAUUGGCCAAGUGAUAUGGAUAUUAUCCGUGAACAAGUUCAUGAAUCCAAAAAAGGAAAGAAAAAGAAGCGUGAAAGUGGAGAACAAUUUACAGACAUAUCUUUAAAUAGUGACGAUGAUUCUAAUCAUACUAUGGUAGUUGACAUGCAUGACAAUACAAAUAUGCAUAAUGUACAUAAUGACAACUCUUUUGCAGAUAUUACAUUAGAUGUAUCUACAAAACCACGCUCUAUGUCAAAAUUACCAAAACUGCCAAGGAUCACUUCAAUUAAAAAAACUCGCAAAGACUCCAUACGAUCAAUGGAACAGCUUUUCCAUAUGGACUCAGGAAAGCGCCAAUCAUUCACAGGAUUUGCUUUUUCUGGAGAAGAGAGUUCUUUUGAAGGAUUCCGACAAUCAAUAUAUCAACCAAAACAACAAUGCACUACAGGUCAACGUUCUAAUACUUUUACAUCAUCAUCGAAUAACGAUAAAAAGAAAUCAUUAAUGUCAGUAUUCCGUAAUCGGACAAUGCCUACAACGUUGUUUCGACGUUGGUCACCAAAUCCUAGUCGGGCAACGUCUCCAAAUCGAUCGAAUAAUGAUGAAAAUGUUCGAAGAAGGGGAAAUAGUAGCAAUGAAGAAGUAGAGCUUACUAUUAUCCCACCAUCAUGA